UAUAAAAUUCAAGGAAUGUGUAAGGCAGAAAAUUUGUUUUUAUCAGUAUUGCUCCAUUAUUUCACACAUUACACUGAAUCAUCUUGGUUGACCAUUUAUGAUUUAUUCAUUUGUAUUGUUGAUAUACAGACGCUCCUCUACGUACGAACUUUCAGACAUACGAACGAAGAGGACUGUGAGUCCAAAUUGUGUUCAUUCGGCUCCCGUUUAUUGUCCGCGAGCUGCGGGUGCAAGGCAGGGAAGAACCCAAGGGUGGCAAAGCAACCCCUCACAGGGAGCACUCACCAUUAACGCGCAUAUUCACACAACACUCACCAUUAACGCGCAUAUUCACACAACACUCACCAUUAACGCGCAUAUUCACACAACACUCACCAUUAAUGCACAUAUUCACACAACACUCACCAUUAAUGCACAUAUUCACACAACACUCACCAUUAACGCACAUAUUCACACAACACUCACCAUUAACGCGCAUAUUCACACAACACUCACCAUUAACGCGCAUAUUCACACAACACUCACCAUUAAUGCGCAUAUUCACACAACACUCACCAUUAACGCGCAUAUUCACACAACACUCACCAUUAACGCGCAUAUUCACACAACACUCACCAUUAAUGCACAUAUUCACACAACACUCACCAUUAACGCGCAUAUUCACACAACACUCACCAUUAAUGCACAUAUUCACACAACACUCACCAUUAACGCGCAUAUUCACACAACACUCACCAUUAACGCGCAUAUUCACACAACACUCACCAUUAACGCGCAUAUUCACACAACACUCACCAUUAACGCGCAUAUUCACACAACACUCACCAUUAACGCGCAUAUUCACACCUCCAGACAAUUUGGCAAAUCCAUCCAGUUCACCUCAGUGUGUUUUUGGACUGUGGGAGGGAGAGAGAAUGAAGAAGUUGGGGGAAACUCCACAACGACACGGGGGGACAUGCGAACUCCACACUGCAAAAGCCGGGCAGGGACUCGUGUGAUUGGAUGGUGUUACCUGCCAGCUGACUAGGAGGGAGGAGCUUCAGCCCCUUCAGAAGAGCAGUGCUUCCAGUUUAUGCAGGGAGCUCUGUGAGGCU